GAUAAAAAAAGGUUCGUCACACGACUCACACACACUACUCUCUCUCUCGCCCGUAGUCUCUCCGCUCCGUCUGUUCUCAUCUCUUCGGCUUCGAUCAAUGGAGACACCAACGAACACUCAGACAGAAGAAAGCCCUAUCCAAACCCUAGAUCAACACCAACCCGCAGAUCCUCCAACACUUCCCACCGAAGACCACCUUCCCAACACAGAUCCCUCACCAACCCUCCAACAACCACCGUCGUCCACCGCCAGUAAGGACGAGUCGACCAAGGACAGCCACGAACCGAAGAGUGUCGAAGACUCUGCGGCUGUCGGGGCUCCGAUGGAUUCGGCUACGAACGACAACAGCAACAACAACGCGCUCGUUUCCGAUAUGCAGAAGAAGAUCCGCCGAGCCGAGCGGUUCGGGAUGGCUGUACAGCUAUCCGAAGAAGAGAAGCGGAAUUCUCGAGCUGAAAGAUUUGGGACUGCCUCCAGUGCACAUGGUUCAGAUGCAUUGAAGAAAUCAGAGCAGCAGAAGAGAAAGGCUAGAGCAGACAGGUUUGGGCUUGUACAGUCUGUUUCUGCUGAUGAGGAGGCAAAGAAGAAAGCUAGGCUUGCCAGGUUUGCAGCAGUUUCCAAGACAAAUCCACUGGAAGAAGAGAAAAAGAAAGCAAGGGCAAUCAGAUUUUCGCAACCUCCGUCUAGUGCACUAUCGCAAGUGAGUGGCGAAGCAAUCAUUGAGCCGAACACGGUUAUUGCGGGCAAGGCUGGUGGAGGGGCUUGAUUGUUCUCCCAAUUCUUCUAUUUACAGUUUAGAGUUCUAACAUUUUGCGACUCCCCAAGUGGCUUUAUGCCUUUUUUUUUUCCCUUAAAAAAAAUACGUGAUGCCUGAAUGCGGACUCUUCCAUUAUUUGAUUCCUUCCUGUGAGGUGCAGCACAAGAUUUAGGGUGAACAAAGAACCUUGCUCCCAUCAUAGGCGCAGUUGAUGCAGUUUUCCCUGGUGAGGCCUAGGAUAAUCAACGAAAACCUCCUUAGCGUAAACUUAUUUGAAAUGACCUACUGAGAAUAUAAAAAAUACUGAAAUUUUAGCCUGGGAAAAUAUUCUGCUUGCUGAGUUUCUAAUAAUAACUAUAAUAAAUAAUAAAAGGAUCAUCUUGAAACUACCUACUUUAACUUGGUUUUAUUUAAGGAUUUUACCACCAAUUUUCUCUAAUUGACAUGGCCAGCAUCUUAAAUCUAUGUGUAGUCUAUUGUAGGUGAUGCCUAGUUCCUUAAAUUUCAGUUGAGGUCAGCAGUGAUAAGUUGAAUGCAGUGAGUUCAUUAUAAUCUGAUCCAAGGAUCCAAGAUAUCUAGUGUCAAAAUUGUGGUAUUACUUCAUGUAGAACUGUUGCCAUUGCUUGGUGUAAUUGUAAAACCCCAGUCAAACAUAGGCUUGAGUGUAAGAACAGUCAUCUUUGUGCAAAAUAAUGCAAAAAAUGUUGGGUUUGGCUCUAAUUCACCCUUCUCAGCAUGCUGCUUAGGCGGACUGUAAAUGGUUGAUGUCUUUUUACUUCGUAUAAAAUUUUGCGCCACUCUUGUAGAAGAAUCCCUUUGUUAAUUGAAAUUACUUAAUAAUGCCUGCUGUGAUUGAAUUACAUUUGGUACCUUUAGAUUAUUGUGUAAUGUUCAAAUCAUGGUCUUUUAUUGGAACGAGCAACCAUUGGUUUAUUUGAAAAUUGACAUAUGAAGCAAAUCUUCACUAUUAUGCUUCCUGACUCUAUAAUUGAAAGCCUCCAAGGUCAGUCAUGAGAUUUCUUGCACAAAGCAUCUUUGCAUUUAGAUCUCUCUUUUGGAUAGACGUACAUAUCUUUUGGGGGGUUUUGUGGGUUUCACUUUUGUGUGCCAUUCGCAAGAGGGGGUGGCACAUAUUUUUGUCACUAGAUAUCGUUGAUCAGUUGAUGUUAAAAUUGUGUGUUCUUUCUGAAUGUUGCUUUCGAAUGUCAUUGGAAAUAUGUACAUGUGUUAUUACAUAUUGCUGUUUUCCAACUUGACUGUGAUAGUUAUUACAGAGAGGGUGAAAUCAAAUUUAUGGUAAAAGCUGUCAGGUAGAAUUCUGGAAAAGUGGAACUUGCAAUUUGUCCUUGAGAAGAUUAGCAUUCAAAUAUAUAAUAUUUUUCCAGGUCUAUAAUUCCAGAAUUUCUGUUAUUCUCAGUUUGUUAUUUGAAUUAAAUUGACACUUGGAAGGUUGUUUGUUGAUUAUGUUGGUCUCACUUUAUGAAUUGUGCCACCAGAGUAGUUGGCUAUGCAGAAACUAUGGAGGAUGUUUGAUAACAGGAUUUGUAGUUUUGUUGUUGCAACUGAACGAAUUUUCUUUCUCAAUUUGUAAGUACUGAAGUCGAUUGGGGGUUAUAUUUUUAUUGUUAUAUAUAUAUAUAUAUCAAGUGUAUUGUAGUAUA